AUGUACGAAGAUCCAAGAGCGAGGGAAGGGGCUCCUCAUCAAGACAGUCUUCUCAAGGUCUCUGGUUCUUAUCGCCUUCGGCACGCAGUUGGCGUUGGGUGGCACAUAAGGUUCUACAACCGAGUAUUAGUGAAUGUUCCCCACCUCCCUGAAUCUUCGCUUCCCCUUCAGCUAGUCCGAGACUCCGAACAUAUCAUGGAAAUGCGCCUGGGCAACUCUGGACUGAAGGUGUCACGGAUUAUCCUGGGAUGCAUGUCAUAUGGUUCUUCUGAACGGAUGCCUUGGGUGCUCGGUGAGGAGGAAGGGAUCAGGCAUGUCAAGGCUGCCUACGAUAUCGGCACUAGACGUUCGAUACUGCAAAUAACAGUGACAGAAAAACAUGUUGGACAAAAUCCGGAGGACUUCGGAUAUGUUAAUCAAGAAGGCCUCAGUCGAAAGCAUAUCUUCGACUCUGUCAAGCACAGUUUGAGGCGCUUGCAGUUAGAUUAUAUCGAUGUCUUGCAAUUUCAUGCUAUGCAAAACUACGCAAUCGCGCACGGGUUGACCCCAUCCAUAUCGAUGCAGAAUCAUUACAACAUGAUCUACCGAGAAGAAGAGCAAGAGAUGAUGCCUGUCCUGAAGUCGCCCCCUGGUCGUGGUCUCCUUGCUCGUCCCGCAAGAGCGGAACGAACUACGCGUGGAAGUUUUGAUCGAUGGCACGCGAUGUAUCUUGACGACUCAGGCGCCGCACAGGUCAUCGAUAGAGUGGAAAAACUUUCCAAAAACAAGGGAGUUUCCACGGCUCAAAUCUCGAUGGCAUGGAUCCUGUCCAAGGACGGUAGAUCAGCUUUCGCACCCAUUCAGCAGUUAUCCGGGCUCAAAUCACUCUGUAUCCUUGGUGUUACAUCAGUUGUGGCGGCGCCAGUGAUCGGUACUACCCCGCUUGACAAUCUGUAUGAUAUCGUUGGCGGAUCAGACGUGAGCCUCACGGGUGAUGAGGUGAAGUAUCUGGAGGAGGCAUAUAGGCCAAUGCCCAUUCUCGGACAUUCUUAG